UGUAGGCUUGAACCGAGGUAAAUAUCAAGGACUCCCUGGGAAGAUAGGACUUAUGGAGUAGAGAAGACUGAGGAAACUUACACUACUCUUCAUUGAAGUCUUUCUGGAAUCCACAGCAAUGGUGACUGAAAGAGGAAAUCAUGAGAUUUUAUUAACAGGUGCUGAAGAAAUAUUAUUGGAAAGAUGGAGGCAAGGCUUUCCUUGGUUUUUGCUUCUGACUUGAAGAGUCACUAGAAGCCUCAGGCCCUUCAGAAAUCUUGAGUGGGAAGAAGCGUUAUGGCAGGGAGGACCUUGUGGACCCGUGGAAAUCAAGAAGCCAUUGAUUUUCUGUGCAGAAUUCUGCAUUGACUAAAACCCUAAGGCCUAUCUCCCAGAGCUUCGACAGCUGUUUAGUCAGAUAAUUGUGUCCGAAUUGAUUAUGAAAAUAAUAGACCAGCCAUAAAGCAGCAUAAAAUAUUAUGAAACUAUUCCAGAAGUUCAGUAAUAUCUUUGGGACCUGCUCAUAGCCCAAGUUUUGUGAAUACUUUUGUAGUUAAAAAAAAUUUUUACUUUACCAGUGCAUUGCAAUUCUUUUCCAUCAGUGAAUUUCAUUCUACAGACUUUUCAGAGCAUCUCAUAAUCAGUCAACAAAUCUAUUUCAAAUGUGUUUGUUACUAAGCAACGGUUGCUAAGAGCUUCUGUAAUUAAGAUGAAAGUUCCAAGGUAACAAUGCCCAAACACAGCACCAUUUUCACCAUUUUCUGAUAAUGCAGGAGUAGGAUGGCUAAAAGUGAAAGAAGAAUCUACUCUAUGGAAAGCAUGGCACCUGAAAUUUCUGAAGAUAUUGGCUGUCCUCUAGCUUAUAUGAGAGAGAGUGUUUGUGCUUUACUAAUCAACCAGUCAUUGUUUUCUUGUGUGGCUGAAAUGUACAUUCCAGACAUGAACAGGCCUGGUAAGGCAGAAAGGAGAGCCGAGAAGGGCCUGAGGCCUCCCGGGGAGCUGGUUGGGGAGACCAGAAGGCUGCAAAGCUGGCCAACGCUUGCCAGGUGGCUGCGGAGAGUCAGCUUCAGUCUCUACAAGCCGUCCAUCCAGGCAGCUCCUGAACCAGAUCCAGGCAACUGGGCCAAGUCCCCAAGGCUGUCUCUGGGACCAGAAGGUAUAACCAAAGGGAAGCAUGGAUUUAAAUUCCAGGGCAUAAAAGAAAAGUUCAACGUAUCUAAGAAGGGGCUGAAAAUGACUUUUUUGUAAAUGUCUGAAGGACACUGUCUUAUACCAAACCAUAUACAAUAAAAUUUUAAAUGAGCCUGAGUUCUGUUUCCAUCCAUGCCCUGUGGAGCACAUGUGACUUCAAAGGCAGUUCUGUAGGGUGCAGGGAGGAAGGAGUGUGCUUUUAUUUCUCAUUUUGGCACAAAUCCAUCAAACUAUUUUUGAUGGCUGGGAAACAAAACUUACAUUCCCUCUAAAUUCAUUGCGUUUGGCAGAUCCACCUUUGUUUUUCUACAGUGAUGGCUUCCACUUCUUCAACCUUUGCAUUCCUCUUACUUUGAGGCUUUAUUUAGCAGGAAAAAAGGCAAGAAUGAUGCUAGAUUUCAAGGGAAGCCUUAAAUAGCCCAGUUCAUUAAGUAGUCCCCUCCGCAACUUCCCAUUUCUUCUCCCCAACCCCCAAUUUAAAACAGUUGUUUGGAAGACUUUUAAACCUGAAACAUCCCUUUCAUAGGAGUCUUAUGAUGUAAAAAGGAGCUCGUGGUUUCAUUUCAAUGUGAUGGGACCCCUUGGUGAUGAGCAAAUAUAGCUUCAACCUAAUGAAUGUGCACAGUGGCUGUGUGUGUGUGUGUGUGUGUGUAUGCAUGUGUGCAUGUGUGUGCGUGUGUGUGCCUGUGAGCUUCUAGAGACUCUGGAAUUCCAUUCAUCAUAAGAAUUAGAGAUGUUAGCAUUGCUUUCUGCAAUUCUGUCUCUUCUUUGCCACCAUAGGACUGUUCCUUAUGGCUUGCUUUUGAGAUGUUUCCUUCAUGAUCUGUGUUUGUGCUGCCUUGCCCCGUCACCUCUCAACACUGCACUUCAGUGGAGACUGAUGCAGGCUGUGCUGUUUCUAUUUCUUUUUCUUUUUUAGAGAUGUAGUCUUGCUCUGCUUCACAGUCUGGAGUACAGUCCUGUGAUCAUAACUCACUGCAGCCUCAAACUCCUGGGCUCAAACAUCCUCCUGCCUCAGUCUCCUGAGUAGCUGGGACUACAGGUGCAUGGCACCAUGCCUGGUCAAUUUUUAAAACGUGUAUUUUUGGUAACAAUGGGGUCUUGCUAUGUUGCCGAGAUUGGUCUCAAACUCCUAGCCUUCAAGCAAUCCUCCCACCUCAGCCUCCCAAAGUGCUGAGAUUCCAGCUAUGACCCACUAUACUCGGCCUUAUUUUUAUUUCUUUUGGACUAUUUAUUUCUGAUCAUUUUUAUUGCUCUUUUCCAAACUCUACAUUCCCCAUCCUCUUUGAAACUUUGAAUCCUGAUGUGGUUGGGUGGUGGGUUCUGCCUAACUUGUUAAAAGUGACCCUAAUGAGCCUGAAGUGGUUGGUUUCAUUGCAUUAGGGUCUUUUGACAGCUCAGGGAGAAACUGCCACUAGGGAAAAAAGGCCCAGGCCUGAUUAUAAUGGUUCAGCAAGUGGAGGAGAAGAUAUUAUUAGCUUCAAUGUCUUUGGUAUUGGACUUCUUUUCAUUCCUGCGUUAAUAACUCAUAAUUUAUUGAUCUUUUCCCUAAUCUUUGUUAGUAAUGUUGCCUUAAAUUAUAAAGGACAGUAAUACAAUAUUAGUAACAGUUCUAUCAAUAUGCUAAAAGCUUUACCUCUUCCUACUCCUUCAUUUUUAAUCAAAAUAGGACCUUCCCUGAAGGAUUGGGUUAUGAGUACAAUGAAUUUAUGUUGGUCUAGUAGGCAAUAUUAUGAUUUAAAAGCAUUUCUCAAUGGCCAAGUAGAUAAGGAAUUAUAUGAAAUUCUACAAAUACCAAGAGGUAUUUCAAUGGUUUACAAAUAUUGUCUACCUUCUGUAUGCAUAAAAUGCCAUAGAUUGGUGCCAGUGAACACACACACAUAUCUCAGGUGAGGAUUGGCCUCAGAGAACUUACUGGUACAUUCUAGAAGACAAAAAUUUAAAAAAAAAAGAACUCACAUGAAAUAUUUACUAAAUAACAUAAGAAAACUUCAAUGUUAGAUUGGUUGGAGAUAUACAUAUACAUAUACAACCAAUUGGAGAUUAUGUAUAUUUAUAUAAUAUAUAUAAUUAUAUAUGUUGAAGAUUUUAUGAAUUUAUUGGUUUGACAUGAUAUAUAUAUAUGUAUUCUGAUGAUACAUGAUCAUCAGAAUUCAGAGAAGGGGAACUAUAGAUUGGAUGAAGUUGAAGAUGCCAAUAUGAAGGGGAAGGAAGAAUUUGGAUAAUUUGGAUACAGGGGAGCAAGGUGGGGAGAAGAAGAGUUCCAGGCAUGGGAAAUAACAUCAGUAAAUUCAAAAAGAAAGACUAAGUGGUGGGGAUUUGUGGAAGGGCAGGAUGACUUGAGCUCAGGGCUCUUGUGACAUAAAAGACUUAGUGAGCUUUUUACUGAUAUCUUCAGUGUAUGAAUAAAGUUGAUGAUAAAGAACUUUAAGAAUAUGCAGUUCUCUGUACAGAUAUGAAGUAGCGAUUAUCCUCAAAUUAUAUUGUUGCUAGCUUAAGUAGUUUAGUCUAUUUGCCAAAAUUGAAAGAAAAUUAUGAAAUCACAAGUACUUAUAUUUGCAAAUACACUGGAGUGUCCCAAAAUGACAAAAAGCACAGAUUUAUCUUUGGCUUUGUACAGAGUAAGAUCUAGAACAGUGAGAAUCUUGGCACUUGCUGGAUUUUUAAGAGUUGCAUGGAUUUAUUACAUAGACAUCCUUUGGUAUCAACCUCAAAGGGAUAGUAUAUGUGACUUUCCAGGCCACCUGUAGAAGGCAGUCUUCAUUGUCCAGGGAAAGUGUUAAGCAUUGAUAAAAUCCCACUGAUAUGAGAUAUUUCAAAAAAAUUUCUGGCUUGUUAUUAGAACCAGCCAAAAUGAUUUUAUUGAGUAUCUUCUAUGACCCCAGCAGCCUACAAGGAAAUAUGUGGGACCCCUGAUUCUUGAUCCUACAGAACUUAUUAGGAAGAUGAGAGUAUUCACUGGAGGAAAAUUAGGAAAUAAAGGCAUAUACAAGGAGGGAAUACUUGAAGGGGGUAUAAGUGGAUGUCUUUGCUGCUGUUCUUUCUCUCAUUUCCCUUUUCCUUAGGAAAUUGAUCUGUCGUAUUUUCAACUGCUAUGUCUACUGGUGAGUCAAAUAGAUAUCUCUUCUGGAUCCCCUACCCAGACACUGAGCAUUUUUGCACCAUCCUAAACUUCAGAUCUCCAAACCCAAACUCUGUCUCUCCCAACCAGAUUAAGUCUCAUUUUCUGCCUUUUAUAGUACCCUUAUUCUAAUCACCCAGGCUCAAAAUCAUUGACUAUUUCUGCAUAUCUGUACAUAUUUAUAUUUAUCACUCGCCAUGGCCACUUAUUCUGGAUUGUGAGUAGAUCAAAAGAAUAGAGAGAUUUUUAAUCAAGUGAGCCUAAAUAUGCAAAGCAAGUAUGGAGGAGAGAAGGAAAUGAAGUGAGACUCUCAGGUCGCUUCCGUGGAAGACACAGAUGGUAGAGUUUUGACUUAGUGGCACUGAGAUAGAUCUGUUUCAGGGCAAGAUAGAACAGUGGGAGAGAUCCCGGCUGGGCGCGGUGGCUCAUGCCUGUAAUUCCAGUACUUUGGGAGGCUGAGGUGGGCGAAUCACCUGAAGUCAGAAGUUUGAGACCAGCCUGGUCAACAUGGUGAAACCCUGUCUCUAUUAAAAAUACAAAAACUAGCCAGGCAUGGUGGUGGGCGCCUGUAAUCCCAGCUACUCGGCAGGCUGAGGCAGGAUAAUUGCUGGAACCCAGGAGGUGGAGGUUGCAGUGAGCCGAGAUCGCGCCACUGCACUCCAGUCUGGGUGAUACAAAACAACAACAACAACAACAACAACAACAGGAGAAAUCCCCACAUUCCUUGGCCUGAAAAUGUAUUUGUAUGUACAUUACCUGUUAACUUCCUUAAUAUUGGUAUAUCAAAUUUUGAUAGCGUUUUGCUUUCAAAGUUUUAGAAAAGCUUAGUAUUGAAAGGAAUUUGCAUCUUUAAAUUUGCAUUUUCUAUCACUUCAUUUUGGUAUCCUGGUGGGUUUACAUGCAAAACACAUCUAUCUCCAGGCUGUCUAAUGUGCUACUGUCAAUUAGUGGAGUUAACUGUCAUGUGUUGUGGGCUGUCUUUCCCCGGUGGCAUUUAAACGGAGAUGUCAUCGCUAUUUCAGAUACUGAAGUUGUGAGCCUAGCAUUGGGUAGGAGAUUGGACUAGCUCUCUACGACUCAUUCUAAGAUUAGGAUUUUCUAACUUGAUAGUGAUUCAUAAGACAAUUAUUUCAUAAUGCAUUUCUACUAUUAUAUAGUGUGCACGUGAUAGGCAUACAUUGAUUUGGACUUUUCCUAUGACAACUUGGAAGGCAGAAAGUUAAGCACUUAAAAAUGAUGUCCAAGGGUGGCAGGGUAUUCAUGAAUUAUACUAUGAUUGUUGAAUUAAGCUAAAAUAAAUAUUAUCUUGAUUUUAUUUGCCAACAUUUUUGGUAGGAUGGAACUCAAGAGGUAGGGACUGAACCUUGGAAGAACGGGGAUUGGCAUGACCGUGGCAUUAAAGUGAUUAAUCCCCUGACGAUUAGCCUAAGUUUAUAAAGUUAUAUACAGUGUUAAGGGCUCAGGGUGUCUCUCCAUAAGCAAGAUAGAAAGGGAUGGAAAGAAAUACCAUUUCCUUCUUUGAACUGAAGGCAUUUGAGAUAAGGAAUGAAAGAGUAUAAUUUUAAGGCAUUUGGUAGAUACUGUUAAAAAAAGUUUCAGGACCAAACAUACUUUAGAAUUGAUCUCCUGGGGUUUUCAGUCAGGUCCAAUGUUCCCGGUGUGAUGUUUUCAGAUGCCUCCUCUCUACUCCAGGGAGGAAGUCAGAAGUUAUUGUAUGAAGCCUGAAAAUGUAGUUCCUUUAGAUCCUGUGCCAGUAUCCCAUCAUCAUCUUGGGACAAAGAAUAUGGUAAACAUCCACAGCUUACACAAUAGAAUGGAAUAAGUCCUUUGAACCAGAUUAACCAUAGGGAAAAUAUCUUCAUAUCUUCAUAGCAGCCAACGCAGAGUUGUGUGUAUUUAGCACUGACUUCAGACCUCACUUGGGCGUGUGUUCUUCCUCAGCAGGGCUUAGUUCUCCACAGGGAACUUCUUCACUCUAACCCUCUUGUAUAGGUGGUCCUGGGUUUUUUUUUUUUUUUUGCUAUCAUGAAAUACUUUUGAAGAGUGCCAAUCCCCAAUAAAUACAGAAGGAUGAUGGGAGAGAGAACCGGUAUUUUAUGACUGCCCUAGUAAUUACUAAGUGACCUAGGUGAGAAUGGCCAGCAGGUGCUAAAAUCAGUGAGUGAAAGGUUGUUGAAGAAUAGAGUAUUCUCCAAGUAUCAACCCUUGGACUACUUAGUUACAAAGACGAAAUGCACCUUUUUGAUGGGGAAUACUUUAAACCAGUGAUCAAAUUUAGAUAAUUUUUUUUUUUUUUGAGACACAGUCUCACUCUGUUGCCCAGGCUGGAGUGCAGUUGUGCUAUCACAGCUCACUGUAGCCUUGACCUCCUAAGCUUAGGUAAUCCUUCUAUCUCAGCCUCCUGAGUAGCUGGGGAUAUAGGCACAUGCCAUCAUCCAGGGCUAAUUUUUAAAUUUUUGGUAGAGACAGGGUCUCCCUACAUUGCCCAGGCCAGGCUGGUUUCGAAUUCUGGUCUCAGGGGAUCCUCCUGCCUCAGCCUCCCAAACUGCUGGGAUUAUAGGUGUAAGCCACUGUGCCUGGCUAAAUUUAAACAAUUUAACAUCAUUACUAGAGUAACAAAUUGACAUCAUUUACCCAUUGACUUAUUCUCUGCCCAUCUCUUAGCAUUCCUCCCCUCUAUGUUCCACCUGAAUCGAAUCAUGAGGAAACAAUUAGAUAAAUCUGCAAAUGAGGUGUUAGCCUCUUAAGAAAUAUCAGUCAUUAUAGACCAGAAAGGCUGGGGAGCUGUUUAAAGGAGAUUGAAGAGAUAUGACAUCUAAAUGUAGGAUGUGAUCCUGGAUCCCAUCCUGGAUCCCAUCCUGGAUCAGAGAAAUAGCUAUCAAGGACAUUUCUUGGUCCAUUGGGGGAAAUUUGAAAAUGGACUAUAUAAUAGAUAAUGAUAUUGUAUCAAUGGUCAAUUUCCUGAGUGUGAUAAUUACGCAUAUGUAAGAGAAUGUUUUUGUUUUUGGGAGAUUCAUGUUGAAGCAUUUAUGACUUAAUUGUCAUGAUGCUUGCUA